UUGACUGUUGCCCGAACAACCAAUAAACAAGUUUACGGCGUCAAAAUGUAAUACAACCCAUCUCAUUGUCGAUUUCAUAUUCCGAUAUUGGCUAUAGGAUGGCUACUGCUAAGAAACCUGCAUUGGUGACAUCCGAUUUCGAAGUAUUUGGAAAAGUACAGGGUGUUUUUUUCCGCAAACACACCCAGAAAAAGGCUACUGAACUCGGUCUCAAAGGCUGGGUGAUGAAUACAUCUCAGGGCACCGUUAUCGGCCAGAUGCAAGGAUCCCAAAUAGCAAUUGACGGAAUGAAAGUAUGGCUCCAGAAAACCGGCAGCCCCAAAUCGAAAAUCGAGAAAGCGGAUUUUAGGAAUGAAGGCCCAAUUAACAACUGUGCGUUCCGAAAUUUCGAAAUACGACGAUGAACCUCUGUACGUUACUUAAAUUAUUUUAUAAAACUUUUUAAAUAAAUCUAAUUUUUAC